AUGGCCCAAGUCUCGCUUUUCCCCGUCCAACUCAUCGACAGAAAAGGCUGCUUCAAUGACGGCGGUCUCGACCACUUCGUCCGCGCCACCAAGCUUGCCAAUCAUGGCGUGUCUUACGCCGUUGUUACCGUCAUGGGCCCUCAAAGUAGUGGGAAAAGUACUCUAUUGAAUCAUCUUUUUGGAGCAAAGUUUAUAGAGAUGGAUGCAUCAGAAGGAAGGAGUCAGACAACUCAGGGAAUUUGGAUAGAGAAGUGUGCUGGCAUUGUGCCUUUCACCAUUGCCAUGGAUUUAGAGGGAACUGAUGGGAGUGAAAGAGGCGAGGAUGACACUGCAUUCGAGAAACAGAGUGCCCUGUUUGCUUUGGCAAUUGCAGAUGUUGUACUGAUAAACAUGUGGUGCCAUGAUAUCGGUCGGGAGCAUGCUGCCAAUAAGCCUCUUCUAAAAAUGGUUUUCCAGGUCAUGAUGCGUCUGUUUAAGCCGCGUAAAACUACCCUUCUGUUUGUUAUACGUGAUAAAACCAAGACCCCGCUUGAAAAACUAGAUCAAACUUUAAGAAGGGAAAUUCAGAAGAUAUGGGAUGCAGUUCCUAAAUCUGAGGCCCACAAAAGUACUCCUCUCAGUGAGUUUUUUAAUGUGGAGGUCACUGUUUUGUCUAGCUAUGAAGAGAAGGAGGAGCAGCUUAAAGAGCAGGUUGCUGAACUGAGGCAGCGGUUUUUCAAUUCCAUCUCUCCAGGAAGACUAGCUGGAGAUGGACAAAGACUUGUUCCUGCCUCAGGAUUUUCUUUUAGUGCACAGCAGAUAUGGAAAGUUAUAAAAGAAAACAAGGACCUGGAUCUUCCUGCACAUAAGGUAAUGGUUGCCACUGUUCAGUGUGAGGAAAUUGCAAAUGAGAAGCUCCGCCUUUUUUCAGCUGAUAAGGCUUUGUUGGCUUUGGUGGAAGCUACUAAAGUGGGUCCUGUCCCAGGAUUUGGAAAAGAGCUUAGCUCCAUUUUAGAUACUUAUCGUUCAGGGUAUGACAUGGAGACAAUCUACUUUGAUGAAGGUGUCAGAACUGCAAAGGGACAACAUUUGGAGUCUAAAGCAUUGGAUUUUGUCCACCCUGCGUAUAGUGCCAUGUUGGGUCAUCUACGUUCCAAAGCGUUUGACAGUUUUAAGACCAGAUUGGAACAAUUACUAAACAAAGGGGAAGCUUUUGCUGCUUCAGUUCGCACUUGUUAUCAAUCUUGUAUGUUUGAGUUUGACCAAGGAUGUGCUGAUGCUGCUAUAGGACAGGCUAACUGGGAUGCUUCAAAAGUCCGGGAAAAACUUUGUCGUGAUAUCGAUGCACAUAAAUUAUCGGUUUGCGAUGCAAAGCUGUCUGAAAUAAUAGCCAACUAUGAGAAAAAACUUACUGUGGCACUUAUUGAACCUGUAGAAUCUCUAUUUGAAGAUGGUAGUGAGGACACUUGGCCUUCAAUAAGAAGGCUUCUUAAACGUGAGACUGAAGCUGCUGUAUUGGAGCUUUCAAAUGCAAUUGCUGGUUUUAGGUUGGACCAAGCUACAAGUGACAAAAUGGUUCAAAAUUUAAGGAGCUAUGCAAGAAACGUGGUAGAGGAAAAAGCUAGAGAAGAAGCUGGAGAAGUUCUGAUCCGCAUGAAAAAAAGAUUCUCAGCAGUCUUCAAGUAUGACAAAGAUUCGAUGCCAAGGCAUUGGACUGAAAAAGAGGACAUCAGAACUGUUUUGAAGGAUGCCCAGUCUGCGUCACUGAGGCUAUUAUCUGUAAUGGCUGCCAUACGCUUGGAUGUGAAGCCUGAUAAGAUUGAAAACUUGUUGUUUUCCUCACUUAUGGAUAGAACUGUUGCUGUUUCAUCCACUCGAGAUAGAAGCAUAGGAGCUUCUGCAGACCCUCUUGCCUCAAGCACAUGGGAGGAGGUUUCUCCAAAAGAUAUGUUGAUAACACCAGUACAAUGUAAAUCUUUGUGGAAGCAAUUUGAAGCAGAGACUGUGGAUGUGGUCACUGAAGCAAUUUUGGCACAGGGAGCUCAAGGCGCUUUUGCGAGCAAUAAGCGCAAGAGGCCAGAAUAG